AUGGAUGCACCAAAGGACGCGGAUACAUGGCUCUACAGUUCUACAGUCGACGUGCUCGAGGGCGUCGCCGCACGGCUCCGGAGUCUCGCCCCGCCCAGCACCAAAGUCCUCGCCCAGGGGGCCGACAUCACCGACGAAGCCUCGGUCGCGGCGCUCUUCGCGGCGGCCAAGGAGGCGGUCGGCAAGGUCGAUGUGCUGAUCAACAGCGCGGGGAGUCUGGACCUAGGCGCCCUCGGCACCGUCGACGCCACGAAAUUUUUCAACGACUUCCAGGUCAACGUGCUGGGGUCCAUGACGACCGGCGCCAUCGGCAACGUGUUUCCGGGUAUGGCGGGCUACACGGCGUCUAAGCUGGCCGUUGUCCGCAUGGUGGAGAACCUGCACGCCGGACAGCCGGGCAUACGCGUUUUCAUGCUCAUACCGGGAAUCGACCAGACCGAGAUGACGGUCGAUAUGUUGAAGCCGUAUGCCAAGGAUAGCCCCGGUCUCAGUGGUGGCCGGACGCUCUUCCUGUCUACGCCGCGCGCUGAAUGGAUGCGCGGCGGCAUAGUCAGCGUAAACUAUAAGUCCCCUUUCCAAUACUCAAAGAUCGCCACUCUUCUGGCAUGGGACGGCGUCGUAAGGGGAUAUCGAGGAGAUGGAGGCGCAUAA